UGUGACACUUUUACCCUCCAUCCCAUUCGCGCACACACACACACACACUCGCUCGCUCACCCACCCGCCCAUCCCCGUUUGGCUGCGCGCGGGCCACUUCAACUGUAGGGUUCUCAAGCGCCGGUGCAGACAACGGAGAGACCCAGACCGCAGCCAGGAGUCCGGCUCACACACGGGAGUAGGCAUCAGCAGCAGCAGCACUAUAGCGUGGGUGAUUGUGUGGACUGGCUCUGCGCAAGCAAGAGGAGGAGGAGGGCAAUUUACGUUGAGUUUAGGAGCUCACGAACAUCUCGGCUGACUUUCCCCGUGAAUCAAGAAGCGACCUGGCCACAAAUGAAAGCUCAACGAAGUGGCUUAUCGUGCACAGAUGUAUCGCAGCCGAAUACUCUAAACGCGUGAUGUUGAUUCUAAAUGUGGAGGGGAAAAACCGGAGGACGCGGAGAAAAAUCCACGCGACCACGUGGGGAGAGACACGCCAACUUCAAAUAUAGAGCAGGCGUCAAGAGUCGGGAUCGAACCCACGAUCUCCUGUAUACCAGGCGAGGGAAUUAACAUCCUGACACCAUGAAUAACCCCGCGAGACUGCGCCAGUCGUUCUUGUGACUUGGCAAUAGGCGCGCUGACCACUGCUGUUCUGUGCGUUUGAGGCAAGGCAAUAAUAACGGUGACACGCAAAUGCAACUCUUGGAUGGACAUUAGCUAUACCUAUACAGGUGCACGCAGAGACCUCUCGGAAGGCGUGGGAAAUAGCGUCCUUUAACCGGAGCGUGGGAUAAAGAAAGAAAACGGAAAGUACAAACUGACAGCAAAACGAGCGCUUCCAUUGGCAUUGACGCUGAAGGCCGGUGGGCAGAAGGCUUCAUUGCACAUACACCUCCAUCAACAAAGUACUUGGAAUUACCAUCGAGUCGUUUAAUGAGAGACUCAACAUGCGACCCAAAUGGAGAAACAGGAUGCUGCACAACGGUGGAAUUAAGAAGAAUCUCAUGAAAGCCUAGGGGGACGAUGCGUGCUGACAACUAGAAUGGUCAGAGAGUGGCACUUCUGAUGUAAAGCUGGCGAAACUUUUUUCACUGAACACUGCCACGGAAUAAAAGCUCAGAGCGGGUGCUCCUUUUCGUGAACAGCUUUUAAAAGUUUCUGCAUUCGGGCGUGGGUUUUGUUUUAUAUCAUAGAGAUAUCGGUGGCUUCGAACCUAUUACAAAGUUAAUGAGCCAAAUGGCAAAUCGUUUUACUUAAAAUGGAAAUCGCGUCUCGGUAUUAAAAUCAACGUAUAUUAACGCAACUCUUUUGCAGUCAAUGCAAGCAAUAGAGGAACGCGCAAAAAAGUUGAACUCUGCUUUUAAUAGUAGCGUAUAAUACGUAAAGCCGGCAGUAUGUUUUCCACUGAUAAGAAGUUGAAGGAGGAGAGUGUUUUAGGCAUCCUCUCCAGUUUCAAAGUUUGCUGAGCACGACGCGUGGUGCCACUGCAAACCUGACUGAAAGUAUAAUAGUCAUCAAGAAAAUAAAUUUAUAAAACUGAGCCAGACGAAUUGGCUGCUAAAUACUUCUCUUUGUCCGCGAACGCCACACACAUAAAUCGCCGGACAGCCACAGACAGAGGCGUCCUCAAGAAAGCCGCCCCCCACCCUUGUCAGCACGUCGCUGACAGAGAACGAGGGGAGCAGCGAAUCCCCGGCCACUGUGGCGGCUGCAUGGGGGAACGUGGGCCAGGUCGGGGUUGACGGUGGGAUCGUAGGACGAGGGGACGUGGAAAGGAGUCGUAGAGGGGGAGCCAGGAGAGUGACGAAGGGGUGGGAAGAAGAAGAAGAAAAGGCGGCGUGUGUUCGUACAGAACAAGUGGUGAGAUCCUCGAUCUACAGAAGGGGACUAUGCUGCGGCGGCGGAGGAGACGGUAUUUCCUUGAUGAGGGCUCGAAGAUGGCCAGGGAGCGUGCUUGCAACCAGCUCUACGAGUCGUACUACUGCAUGAGCCAGCAGUUCCCACUGCUCGUCUUCUUCCUGCUCAUCAUCUCGGGAACGUGUGUGGCUCUGCUGGCCGUCUUCUUCGCCACCGGAAGGGAAGUGAAGAAUCACCUGGCGUUCAUCGUGACGGUGGCCACGGCACUGGGCGUGUUCCUGACCAUCUUUGUGCUGGCAUGCGUGGAGGCGGUAUUCACGCGCCUCCUCCGUGUCUUCGCCCUGGCCAUAUGGGCCACCCUCGUGGCCAUGGGCUACCUCUUCAUGUUCUGCGGAGGCGUCGUCUCGGCCUGGGACCAGGUGUCCUUCUUCCUCUUCGUGGUGUUUGUGACAUACACCAUGCUGCCCUUCGGGAUGCACGCGGCCGUGCUGGCGAGCUCCGUGCUCUCCGCGUCGCACCUUGCCGUGCUCAGUGGCUUCCUGUCCACGCGCGACAAUCCCUACUCCUCGGCACACCUGGCUCUGCAGCUGCUGGCCAACACGGUGAUCUUCGUGUGUGGGAAUCUUGCCGGCGCCUACCACAAGUACCUCAUGGACGUCGCCCUGAAGCAGACCUUCGACGACACCUGCAACUGCAUCCGCUCACGCAUGAAACUGGAGUCUGAGAAACGACAACAGGAGCGGCUGCUGCUGUCCGUGCUGCCGGCGCACAUCGCUCUGGAGAUGAAGGCAGAGAUUAUCCAACGCCUCAAGGGCCCCUUCUGCGGGCAGCAACAGCAGCAGCUGCUGCCCGAGAACUCCAACAACUUCCACAACCUCUACGUGCGGCGGCACAAGAGUGUCAGCAUCCUCUACGCCGACAUCGUGGGGUUCACGCGGCUGGCCAGCGACUGCUCCCCUGCGGAGCUUGUCCACACCCUGAACCAGCUGUUCGGCAAGUUUGACCAGAUCGCCAAGGAUAACGACUGCAUGCGGAUCAAGAUCCUGGGCGACUGCUACUACUGCGUGUCGGGCCUGCCCAUUUCUCUGCCAUCCCACGCCAAGAACUGCGUGAAGAUGGGAAUCGACAUGUGCGAGGCAAUAAAGAAAGUGCGCUACGCCACAGGGGUGGACAUCAACAUGCGCGUGGGCGUGCACUCGGGGAACGUGCUGUGCGGCGUCAUCGGCCUGCAGAAGUGGCAGUACGACGUGUGGUCACACGACGUGACACUCGCCAACCACAUGGAGGCCGGCGGUGUGCCCGGGCGGGUGCACAUCACAGAGGCCACGCUCGAGCACCUCCACGGGGCGUAUGAGGUGGAGGAGGGAAGGGGCGUCUUGAGAGACCCCUACCUUACCGGCAUGAAAACCUUCCUGGUCAUCAACCCGCAGGGCGAGAAGGAGAGCCCUCAUCUGUCGUGCAAGUGCUCCAAGUUCAGCGACCCAAUGCGCGCGUCCAUGCGCAUGACGCGCUACCUGGAGUCGUGGGGCGCGGACAAGCCCUUCGCUCACCUGCAGCACCGUGACAGCGUGCCCUGCGACCCCACUGCUUCCUCCAACGGCAAGAUCUGCACCGUGGACAUUCAGAUGGUGCAGAUUAACCCAUCGAGGGAAAGGAGUCGCUCCCAGCGAAGGCGUUUUGAAGAGGAGCUGAACGAAAGAAUGAUUCAAGCCAUUGAAGGCAUCAACUCACAGAAGCAGUGGCUCAAAUCAGAGGACAUCCAGAGAUUCUCACUCUUCUUCAACGACAGAGCUUUCGAGAAAGAGUACAGAAAUACCACACUUCCAGACAUCAAGCACUACGUAUCCUGUGCCUGCCUCAUCUUCUUUUGCAUCUUUGUUGUUCAGAUAUUUGUGGUGCCCAAGACAGCAGAGCUCGGGAUAUCGUACGGGGUGGUCUUCCUCCUUCUCGGGUUCAUUCUCUGCGUCUGCGUCGUUGGGCAGCUGCUCCAGUGCAGCCGCAAGGCGUCGCCGUCGCUCACGUGGAUGCUCUCCGUGUCGGCGACGGUGGAGGAGAAGCCCUGGCUGCGCCUGGCCCUCACCAUGGUUACCAUGGGCAGUAUCCUCACAAUGGCCGUCUUCAACAUGUUUUUCUCUCCGGCCGUGGAGUCUCCCACCUGGCAGAACUUCACCGACAACAGCUCCAGCGCCAACGACAGCGGCUUCACGAGCGUGAGCAGCGCUAGGGAACACUUCUACCUGCCGUACUUCCUGUACAGCUGCAUCCUGGGCCUGGUGUCGUGCUCCGUGUUCCUGCGCGUCAACCACGAGCUCAAGGUGCUGACGCUGCUCGCCGCCGUCGUGGGCUACAACGUCAUCCUGCUGCACACGCACCACGGCGUGUUCGACGCCUACACCGAGGCGCUCUACCACCCCAGCCUCGUGCGGCCUGGCGUUCUCAAAGACGUCAAAGUGAUGGGCUCCAUCUGGCUCAUCGUGUUCUUCUUCACGCUGCUGGUGCUCGCUAGACAGAACGAGUACUACUGCCGGCUCGACUUCCUGUGGAAGCAGAAGUUCAAGAAGGAGCGCGAGGAGAUCGAGACGAUGGAGAACCUGAACCGAGUUCUCCUGGAGAACGUCCUGCCGGCGCACGUGGCAGAGCACUUCCUCACCCACCACCGCAAGAACGAGGACCUCUACCACCAGUCGUACGAGUGCGUCUGCGUGAUGUUCGCCUCCAUCCCCGACUUCAAAGAGUUCUACCAGGAGUCGGACGUCAACAAAGAGGGCCUGGAGUGCCUACGUCUCCUCAACGAGAUCAUAGCCGACUUUGACGAGCUUCUGUCCAAGCCCAAGUUCAGUGGCGUAGAGAAGAUCAAGACGAUAGGCAGCACUUACAUGGCUGCCACUGGGCUCAAUGCUGCGGUGGGGCAAGAGAAUGGGCAGGAGCCAGAGCGGCAGUACGCACACAUCGGGAUCAUGGUGGAGUUUGCCAUGGCUCUCAUGGGAAAACUGGACGUCAUCAACAAACACUCGUUCAACAACUUCCGACUGCGAGUUGGAAUCAACCACGGCCCUGUCAUCGCUGGGGUCAUUGGUGCACAGAAGCCACAGUACGACAUCUGGGGAAACUCAGUCAACGUGUCCAGCCGUAUGGACAGCACGGGGGUUCUUGGGAAGAUUCAGGUCACGGAGGAGACGAGCGACAUCUUGCAGACGCUCGGCUACAACUGCCAGUGCCGCGGCAUGAUCAAGGUGAAGGGCAAGGGAGAGCUCAAGACCUUCUUUGUCGUCACGGAGAUGACUCGCUCGCUCUCGCAAGGCAACGUCAUCUGCUGAGUCCCCUCGUCAGCACUCCGCACUGAGGACCCAGCGAGUCGGACAGGCUUCGCGAUAAUUUAGCAGCGUCUGAACUGAGGGGUUAAAGUGCUUGCGCCACUCUUGCCUCCCUCUAUCUUCGGCGAGCGGAACGAAUGCGGUCGCGCUCAAUGGCUCGUUCUCCUCCAGGCAUCCGUGAACAAGCGUUUUUGUCCGACGUGCUGAUCCGUCGUAUGUUGCAUCCAUGUCCCUGGCAAGAUUGCCGACGAAGAGGUGUGUGGACAGAUGACUGCAACACCAGCACCCGCCUGCUCCAAGCCCCCAGCAGGUUCGUGUAGUCAAAAAGAUUGAUCUCAUUAGGUGAUUACAUCUGACCUCUCUGUGGCAGUGAAAUGAACUGGAUCUUUCUGCUCAUUAGCCUCUAAAAAAGCAGUCCUUGGACUGAUGGAGGUGCUCCAAGUUGCAAACGAAGAAUUGUCUGAUUCUACAGAAAGUUUUUAUCAAAGUGUUUCCCCCACUCAAAUGAACGUUGGGCAGUUGCAGAUCUACAUCGGUGGCCCCCAAAGGCAGUUGUAGAAAUUCGACAUUCCUAUGGCUGGGGCAUGUCUCUCGAUAAGAGAAGCAUAGGAAAACCACUGUUGAUAUGCAACAAAGUGGUACUCACUUCAUCAAGUCCAGGGGGAUUGAUGAGCUGUAGUGCAUAAUCCAAGACCAUGCCCAUACACUUAACGAGUAAUAGUUUGUAUGCAAUUUCUAACAAAGCCUUUUUUUAAAGGUACCUUUUCUGUUUUAUUAAAGCUGAUAAUCUGGACUUGAACUUUUUAUGACAUGGGCGACUAAAUACAAAAAAAGAGAAUUCUCUGAGAAACUCCUUUGGUGGAAAGUUGCGUCUCCGUGACCCGAUGACGGUCGACUCAAAAUCAGGAGGGGUGACGCGAUCCACGGUUUUGUGUCCCCGAAAUAAAAAAAGGUGUAAACAGCUGCUUUUGCCGUUCAACAGAAGUUCAAUUGUGACAUCUGUCUCAUUGUUUUAUUCACGACCUUUUUUCCUUUCGUUUUUAAAUCCACUGAGCGUUUAAGAUGAAGAACAUUGCGACUGAAAAGGAACUUGCUUCACUGCCGCACAAGUUUUUUUUGCGCAUUUCGAACCGGCGUAUUUGAGGAAUCCGCGCAGGAAAGUGUUUGCCAAACCGCCAGCUGCUGUAUUGAAGCAAUGUUAGAGUUGUAUUCUUUGCUUUCUUAUUUUGUCCUUUGAUCACAGUUAGAGUGUACAGUAUCAUGUUUGAUGCACUAAGAAUAAGUUAUUGAUUCAUAAUGUGUCGUGAGGUUUCAUGCAUAACUCGCCCGUGCGUAUACAAUAAUCGUGUCUUGUGCGCGCGCGCGUUUUGUUUGGGGAGCGGCAGUGCAGCGGUUAGCGCGCUGAGCUAUAAACCCAGUGAUCCUAGUUUGAUUCCCGUUCACAGCCAACACCAGUGACGAUUAUCUGAACUGGUCCUGGGCCUCCCCUAGGUCGACUCAGCCUAAAAUGAGUACCUGGUGUGUUGUUUAAACAUCGUAACUAGAAAGACAAAGGCGGCCGGGCGUGGUGCUGGCUACCCAUGCGCUUGUGUGUCGUGCCGGCCUUCAUAGGUGCUCGCUAACAGCAUUCGCCCCAAAAGUCUGUUCAGGCUAUACGGGGCAUCUCUGCGUUGUCUUGUGUUUUGAUUGUGGAAGAUGCUGCCUGAGAACACCUGGAUGCACAUCGCCUGCAUUUUCUGCACGAUUUAGAGUCUGUGGGCCCGAGCAGCAAUUGGUGCCACCCAAGGUAGCAAAACUUUAGUCGUACAGAUUUAUUUUAUACGGAUAAUGAGAGUGGAUGAAUUGCUAAGCCCUCUAAUUUCAGGUGGUUAUCGCAUAAUUCACUGUUAUUGGCCACGUAAACAAAUUUAAACCAGUAAAGUUAUGCCACAUCAGGUGAAAUAAGCUGCUCUGGGCUCACAGGCUAUCAUGCUUUACUGCCGCAUAGAAUUUGAAGUGCUUGCAGUGACAUACGUAGCCCUCGCAGAACUGACAGUGGUCUACAAACAAUGCAGAGUGAAUCCCAUUGCAUUGGAAUAUCAUUCAUGUAAAUGUAUUGUGCAAACCUGUUGAUGCAUUUCAAAAGCUGCGUUAUUGUGAAAUCAUAAACCCGAAAGCUAAUCACGAGACUGAGCAUCCGUUCGUGUCAAAAUCGCUUCCGAAACCCGGGACACGAGAGAGCGGCUCUUGCAGCAGGGGUCAACACACCACCGGCUGCAAAUGCAAACCGAUGUUCAUCCAGCUGUGCUGAAGCCUCGACGACGCGCGCACAUUUUCACCGUCCUGUUUAUCAUGACCCCAGUUAAUUUCGCAGCACUAAAGUAACGUCCGUGUGAAACGAGGAGAAAAUAAACCUGCAGGCCAGGGAUUAGUAGAAAUGUAGUUCUGUGGCCUCACGGUCAGUCUGUCCAUUGUUGGUCCCUUGAACAGAGUGUGUCCGACGGCGAUGCUCGGUGAUCACAGCGCGAGUGAACGGCAUGGAUUUAUGCGACGGGGAGAGACGGGACUGGGCUGUGUACGACCUGAGAGGCGCGAGUUGCCUACCUGCAUUUGCGGUAUGCGUAAAAGCUGCGUGAAACGAGCAUCGCGUGGGUGAUUAUGUACAUAACAUACCAUGUGGCGUUCAAAAGCGGGCGUAAGUGCGGAAUCUAAGCGGGCGUUCAUGGCAUUGGAAUAAACAAUGUAACCACCUGUGUUUUAGAUGUUGGUAAUAGAUUUAUGCGUUGUAGCGAGUGCUCUCGGACACUGUAGAACAAGGCACAUGCGCAUUGGUUUACUAUGUUCGCAGUUGUACCACCCGUGCUUAUUGGUAUUCUAUGAUUGACUGAACAGACGUGUUCUUGUGAUGCUGAUGAGGUAUGCACACAAAUAUUAGUACUUUUAUCACCAGUUAUAUUCCAUUUUGUUCUCUUGGUAUUACAUCACAAAACAACUGUUUCAUUUGGAAUUCGCGCAAUCAACAGAGCAUCGCAUCACACCAGAGAACGGCCCGUAGAAAAUGACGUCGCAGAACUACUUCUGAAGUCACUCGGUAGGCUUAACAUUGUACACCGUGUGGAACACCCUUGUGCCCUCUAAAUAAGAAAAACGAAUUCAUAAUUUGGACAUAUUUUAAAAAUGGGACGCAUUGUUCGGAGGUGGGGAAUAGUGAUCAUCACAUGCAUAUUGUUGUUACUAAACGGCUUAAGCCUUCACAUCUGCCAACAUUGUCAUAUAAGUGGAAGUUCACAGUUUCCUUUAUUUUUCCAAGUGACAUAUAAUUUGACGUAAUAAGUUGUCUUUUGUUCAGGAAUAUUCGUGACGAAUACAAACAACAUUGAAAUUCUAGAAUUGCACAGAUGAGCUAAGCAGGCUUUAGCCUGGCUAGUGCUUGGAUGGGUGACUACCAUGCACAAACGUAAAGUCAUAGGACUGUAGAGAUACGUGGGUGGGUAUCAGGGACCAGUGUUGUUCUGUACUUCAGUGAAUACAGGACUAUUCUGUCCACCCUCAUCAACCGAACUGGUCAGCGUGGUGAAGUGUAGGGAAAUAACCUGCAGGACCUGCAGGGCCUGGGGGAGGCCUUCAUCCAGCAGUGGAUUGACAAGAUGGCCAAUGCGCCGAGUGACACAAACGACCGACGUUGACAUCGGCGGCCAGGUCGGGUAUAAUGGAACGACUGUGAAGGACAUCAGUGUGUUGCGUUGAAAUAAACACGGUAGCAAUCAAACGCAACUAAAACUACAACUAAUUUUUAUUUGGCCAGGUAAGGCCCCAAUGAGCUAUAUUGUACAGAUUUUUUUCAGAAGCGACCUGGCCACAAAUGAUAGCUCAACGAUGUGGCUUAUCACGUGGGAAUUUAUAGCAGCCAAAUACUCUAAAAGCACUUUUUUUACGUGGAGGGAAAAACUGGAGGACCCGGAGAAAAAUCGCGACCAUGGAGAAAACAUGCAAACUCAAAAUUUACAGCAGGCGUCAGGGUCGGAUCGAACCCACGACCUCCUGUAUACCAGGCGAGGUAGUUAACAUCUUGCCACCAUGGCGGCUAAUCAUAUUUAACAACACAAAUGUGUGUAGCACUGCAGGUGCAACAGCUCACAGCUACAUCCAAACCGUCAUCUCAAAAUAUCUAGAGCCAUUUGUAUAAUUUAGACCACCAAUUGAAAGCGUCUUGAGAUGUUGUGCCCAUUUCAAUGGGAACGGAGUGCGAUUUCGUCCCCAUUGGGACUCAUCACCACUGUAGAGCCAUGAGGCUGAGAGCUUUUGCACGUGCGCUGCGCGCCUGUAUGAGUUGUAUCUAUUCGCUUCCAGCCUGCAUCGUUGUUUCUGUUGUGAUGGGGUUUCUUUCCAUUUACACGCUUGAAUUAAUAAUCCAAUCGCCGACACCCAAAUAAACUGCCGAACCAUGAGGCCAGUGUCCUACAUCGGGGGCCACUGUCGGGCCCCUGGUGGCCUUUAGUGUGGCCCCUGACGUGCGGGCCCCCAGACAAUACGCAAAUGUGAAGACACCCCCCCCCCCCCCAUCAUUGUGCUGUCACACCCCCAAUGAUUUCAAAUGUGUGGCGGCCCUCAACACACUGAUGAUGUCUUAUUGAAGAACAACUGCGUGAGACGUUAACGUUGCCAAUAACUCGAGCCGGGGCUGACCACUGCUCUGUGACUCAGCGUGGAAUUCCCGAGUGAGUGGUCGAAGGUUGACGUCGUUCAUGACAAUGCCAUUGCCUGUGAGUGCAUUGAUAACGACACUACAGUGCUGCUGACUGCAAGAUUCUAAUCAGCAACUUAAAGGGGGUCUUCUGUACAAAAAUAACGAGGGUUAUGUAUGUACGUGUAUAGAAACGCGCAGCUGAUUCGCAAUACUCUUUUCUCAUGAGUCUUUUUUACUCUUUGGUUCUAUCGUUAAAGUCACGUAGUUAGAAAUAAUUUUAAUAAUUGUAUUUUAUUUCUAACUACAGUACGUGACUUUACCGAAAUAACCAAAGAGUAUGGAUUCCUGCAGUCACGAAAUCUUCAAAUCAAGAGUCUUCUUUAUUGGCAUAUUUUAGCCAUUUCUUUACUGUUUUUUGUGUUUGCGUUUUGUGGGUGCGCAGAGAACAUUCACACAUGAGGCAUGAUACUCAAAAAAAUCCAUACAGAUAAGUCAACAACAUCGUGUACUCCCUCCCACCUGCUGGCCACUUUACAGUGACUCCUCUACUUAUGAACACCCGACUUACGAACGUUCAGAGACACGAACAAACCUGUCUGUAUGUCCAGUUGUCUGUUCGGACAGAGUCGUAAGUUCAACCGCUGCGCCAUAGAUGGCGGUAGUGGCCUCUACAUCUACGUGAGAUUUUAAAGCCAUUCCUCGUGUUUUGUGUACACGGCGUACAACAUGUUUGGAAUCAACAGCAGUGAAGUUGGACUUACGAACAAAUCGACUUACGAACAGACCUCUGGAACCUAACUCGUUCGUAAGUAGAGGAGUGUGGCACGUGUGCCCCUGCAUGCACCGCCGUGCUCGCCAAGGCCAUCAUUUUAUUUUAUUUCACACCCAACCGGUCGCAUUCACUGUUAAACACCCGAGGUAGUCGAGGUGACGCCCAACAAUGGAUUUUGCAUGAAACUUCAUUUUUACCAAACCAGUAGAUCGGGAAUGAAGUCUCAUGUCACCUCCUGGCAUUAGGGUUUCUCUGGUACCUUCCUUUCCUACCAAAUGUGAGGCACUGUUUAAACGGGAAUUUGUCAAUCGUGUUAAUACAGUACCCCUCCUCUCAUUGCGGGCUUUCUUGAAUAAUGGCUAAUUUAAAAAGUAUUUCUAUUUACGAGAAUAGUUUUUUACCCUUUUUUCUGGCAACAAAAAAAAACCUUUUACAAGGAAUCAUGUCUCCAUUAACCACAAUACUUGUAGUGAGAAUGCAAACAAAAACCAACAAACAUACUCUAUUUCUAUUUAUUGCAAUUGUUGCAAUAUGAUGCCGCAAUGAGACAUUCAAUGUGACUCAAUUUGUCGUGCCAGAUUGAUUUCAUCUGUCAAUAGCUAAGUUUCAUUUGUUCAAGAAAAGUGCUUGUUAAAAAAAAACAUGUCCUGUUGUCUCAUUUCUGAAAUCUUUUUUUACUUAAAAAACAUUCAUCUAUUUUUCUCAGAAUGUGCUUUUGGCAUCAAACAAAAUAUUCAUUCAGAGCUCCUGCAGAGCAGGGCACACAUUUGCCUGUGGAUGGAGAUAUCACAGAUCUACUUCUGAGAUUCUAUCAAGUUAUUUACAGUCCAGACACCAGGGGGAUCACUGUCCUACACAGCCUGCUAAAUAAAAUAUCAAUCGCAUCGCAGGGAAACUAAACGUUUUAAUCCUCACCACUGAAAUAUUUAGGGAAAUUACAUUUGGGACUUGGUAGAGACCAGCAACUCGCAACACCUGAGAAUACAGUCCAGCCAUGGGUGGCAACCCAACUUCAAACCCAGGAUCUCUGCCGUGUCAGCUAAAUAUCCUAACCCCUUAGCCACUCGCCAUCUCUACCACUAGAGGCGUUAAUUUCUUCAGUGGCGAUGCAUUCUUAAAAAGGAAAUGGCCAAAGUUCCCAAACGCAAGGGUGCCCUCCUGAAACCGUGUCUCAGGAUGUACUUACUAAACGCACACCUCCUAGAGAGCAGUGCGAACACAAGGUGCCGUGGUGGCGAGAUGUUAACUCCCUCGCCUGAUAUACGGAGAUCUUGGGUUCAAUCCCGACCCUGACGCCUGCUGUAUAUUUGGAGUUUGCAUGUCCCUCUCCUCGCGGUCGCGUAGAUUUUUCUCCGGGUUUUCUGGUAUUUCCCUCCACAUUUAGAAACAUGCAUCGUGCUUUCAGAGGAUUUGGUUGCUCUAAAAUUUCACAUGAUGAGCCAUUUUGUCGAGCUAUUAUUUGUGGCCAGGCUGCUUCUGGAAAAGAGCUGUAUAUCUCAGCGGGCCUUACCUGCUCAAAUAUAAAAAAAUAGUUACACUGUUAGGCAUCGCGCUCGGCUCCCAAGCACCCACCCGAAGUGCCUACACGUGGCGUGCGCCGGUGGCCGGAGUGCCUGCGCGCUUCUGCCUCGUGUGCGUGUGCCUCGUGUGAGCGCGACGAAUGAUUCCGAGCGCGCCUGUGUCGUUCUGCAGUCGUGUGACGUCGCGUUGUUCAGCACUUGCCCGUGCCUGUAUCGUUGCAUUGUUUAUGUUGCCCCCCACCUGGGAUUUAACGCAUUGCCCUCGCCUUGCUCCCCCCCCACCGCCAUCUCCACGUGGAGGGGUUGGCAAGCAACGCAAGUGCGACAGCGCUUCUUGUCCUGUUCGCUACAAUUUCCUCGUCCGCAUUCGAUCGUAGCCAUUGAUUGCGUUGCGUAACGGGGCAGACACAAGUUUUCCCCGCAAAUAUUCGUAACAUUGCACUGAAAUUAAAGGAAGACGAAACCAAACAAUAGCAUGGGAUGAUAUUUCAAAAUUCAUGAUCAAAACAAAUCAUCGCGUUGUUUCGUAGUCAUAAUUUUGGGCACGCUGGCAUCAAUUGGAGGAUAUACUGUCAAUCAAUAUCCGACAUGUCCCCUGCUUAAACAAACCACAGGGCUGAAGCCAUCACUAUUAGCUUACCCGAGCUGUUGAGGGAGGAUCCAGAUUCCCACGGCAGGGCCCACAAUAUCUCCUGUUCACUUCCUCACAAAGUGGGUUUUGUUUUGCAGUUAAUCCCCAACCCCACGAUGUGUGUAUGUUGGACUUCUUUCGCACCGUACAUAGCCAAACGUGCGCAUCGGAGGUGUGCGGGAAGGACAACAAACUAAAGUCAAAAAGCAGUUUUUAAAAAUGGGUUUUGAAUCUAGAUUUAAAAGUGCAUUGCUCCAGCGCAUCUGAAAGCACGCGAUGCGGAGACCGUCUUUGUUCGAUGGCCAGCCAUGAACCACUGCGAGGAUGAGCGGAGUUCGCGGGAUGGUUUAUGCUCCUUGACGAGAUCAGCGAGUUGUUGUGGUUUAUACCAAUUAUGUUCUAAGCAAUGGACGUUCAGCUUUGGAAGGUAGUGCUCACAGCCCUCAGUGAUGUUACACAAUUGGUGUUUUUAAAAGUGAUCUCAUUGAUGCUAAUAUACUAAUUAUGGAUUUUAACCGUAGAAAUGUAUUUGCAGGCUUUCUAUCUCGAUAUAUAGGAAGUGGCUGCUUCUGCUGCCCCCAUAUUACCCCAAGCUGUUUACACGGCCAUUUCUCUCCUUUUAAUUGCUGUUUCCAUCAGUUUCAUUAAUUUUAGUUAAAAUUAAAUGAUUCAAUAAUAAUAAUAAUAAUCACCCGCUACUUACCAAGUAACAGUAAUCCAAGUACGCACUUAAAUGCUUAAUACUAGUGCAGGGUUGCCCAUACCUAUCUCGAAUAAUGUGAUCACUUGUCAUUUAUGUUACAAAAAAAGUAAAAAGUGGGUUCCUACUCAAUGGAGCGUGAGGUUUUUGCUCAUCUCCUGUUUACAACCGUGCAUCAGUAGUGGAAAUUCCACUUUCUGAUGGAAUCAACUCCAGAGGACUGGUGGGGCUGUGUCGACCACGAACCAGAAAUUGAGUUCCAAACCUUCCGAUGACAAAGCCGCAAUCUAGCGCUGUGCCACUCGGCAAGGGUCCAUUUGUGAUAUCGCCCACUUCUGAAGGCAGAGCUGGCAAGAUAGAUCGGCUACCAUACAGUGAAAGGCACGACUGUUUAAGUGAAUGCUUGUUGUACCAUUGUCUUUCUGCAUAGCCCAAAC